AUGACAGACCUGGUGGAGGAUCUGUUCUAUAACAUGACUGUGCGGCGGAAGGCGUUGCGUUCAAUCACAGACGAGUACUCGCGCAUAGUCGAAGUCAUCUCACGAUAUGCAGUGCACAACGCAGGGGUGGCCUUUAGCGUUAAGAAGCAAGGUGAGAUGACCAGUGAUGUGCGUACUAAUGAGGGGGCUACAAGGCUGGACAACAUUCGCACCAUAUAUGGAACCAAAGUGGCGCGUGAAUUAUUACCG